ACUACAACUACCACUACCCCAACGACAACUACCACUACCACAACCCCAACAACCACUACCCCAACUACAACAACCACUACCCCAACUACAACAACCACUACCCCAACUACAACUACCACUACCCCAACAACAACCACCACUACUCCAACUACAAGUACCACUACCCCAACCACAACCACCACUACCCAAACUACAACUACCACUACCCCAUCUAGAACUACCACUACCCCAACUACAACUACCACUACCACUACCCCAACAACAACAACCACUACCCCAACAACAACUACCACUACCCCAACUACAACUACCACUACUCCAACGACAACUACCACUACCCCAACUACAACUACCACUACCCCAACGACAACUACCACUACCCCAACUACAACAACCACUACCCCAACUACAACAACCACUACCCCAACUACAACUACCACUACACCAAGUACAACAACCACUACCCCAACUACAACAACCACUACCCCAACUACAACA